AUGCCCCCCACACCUCACUGUCUGGCGGUGGCGGUGGCGGUGGCCGGCCACACCGCAAAAGGCGCCUGUCAAGUGCGAUCCUGUCCGAUAACCCCACACAGCGGUGCACGGCUAAUGCGAACAAGAGUACCCUUGAACGAUGACCGACAAGAAAAGGCUGAACGCCGCCAUGCCCUCCAUGAACAACAGCGAAACUCCCUGCGUUCGUCCGGCACGCCUGGUCGCAGACGCAUCUCCCUCGCCGCCGGCCAGAACAGCCCGCACACUCCGUCGCAGGAUGUCGACAUGCCCGAUGUUGCCGGCACGGCCGUGACGCCCAUGAAGCGAGUAAUGCCACUGCUGGCCAACUUUGAGGAAUGGAUGAAGAUGGCAACAGACAAUAAAAUAAACGCAAACAACUCGUGGAACUUUGCCCUGAUCGACUACUUUCAUGAAAUGUCUUUGCUCAAGGAAGGCGACGGCGUCAACUUCCAAAAGGCCAGCUGCACAUUGGACGGAUGCGUCAAGAUCUACACAAGUCGAGUCGACAGUGUCGCGACAGAUACCGGCAAGCUGCUCAGUGGUUUGGCAGAGAAUGCAAAUAAGAAGCGGCGAGGGGAGGGCGACGACGAAGAAGAGGAGGGCGAGGAUGAGGAGGGCGAAGGCGAGGAUGGUCAGAAGAAGCGCAGGAAGAAAAAGGCCUUGUCGGAAGCGACGCUUGCCUCAUCCUUUUCCCAGCUACAGAACAAGAAGAUGGAACUCGAGUUUUCUGUAGACCCUCUGUUCAAGAAGGCUUCCGCCGACUUCGACGAAGGAGGUGCCAAGGGGCUACUGUUGAAUCAUUUGGCCAUUGACGGUCACGGAAGAAUUGUUUUUGACAGCAGCGAUGAUGCAAACGACGCUACACCAGAAGACUCGCGCGCCACGCCAGUACCGGAAGACGCUCUAGAUCGUACACGAGAAGACUCGCCAGAUGUGAGAGUGUUAGAGCACAUUGACAUUGACAUUUCCGGGCUCGCAGCAAAGUACUUCCCCGAUCUAAACACACUGGACGAGCAAGACAUUUGUCCGUCCAUGAAGACGUUCGAUCUUAGCGACGUUGAUGGAACAGCCGACAUCCCAUUUCUGAAAGCCCCAGAAGAUUGGCGGAACGAAGAGAGCAAUGAUGCAAAUGAGCAGGCUGGCAACCGGUCAGGAAUGUACCUCGAUGACGACAACCCGAUGGGUUUCAAUGACGAUGAUGAUGACGUACACAUGGGUGGACUCGACUUGCAGGUUGAGGCGGGCUUUGGUGAAGGUGGAGAAGUCUGGGCACGAGAAGCAAUGCGCGAUCCCCAGGCUCGUGUGCACGUCAUGGGCCACGGAAAUGAUGGUGAUGGAGAAGAAGCUGAAGGAGCUGAAGGAGGCGUAGCAGCCGACGGAGCUCAAUAUGGUAUCUCGUUGAUGCAUGGUCGUGAUCAGGAGCAGGAGAAUAUCCUCAGCUACUUCGAUCAAGCGUUACGAAAGAAUUGGGCUGGGCCUGAGCAUUGGCGCAUUCGAAGAGUCAAGGAAGCUGGAAAAGCUGCGCCUGUCACAAAGAGGAAAGAGAAGGAGCCAUUCGAGAUUGACUUUGCUGGUCCCAUGUCUCAAGCCAUGGCCGAUGCGCUCUACACACCGGCAACUUCAAAAUCCAUGAUUUCACUACCCAAAGCACAGUGGAAGUCAAAGACUAUGAAUCUGCUUCCCGACGACAAACACUUCAAUUCGAAGCAACUCCUCCGACUGUUCCUUAAACCCAAAGCACGCAUGGGUUCAAGACGACAAGGACGUGCAACACAACAACAAGCACCCGAUCAGCCUCCAAUCGGUGAAGUUGACGAAGCCUAUUGGGCCCGCCAGGGUGAUGCACAAGAAGAGAACCCAGCACAGGGUCAUUACGACGCAGAUUUUUACGAGGACAAUGAUCUUCCAAUGCCCGGCCCCAUGGAUGACGACGACGACUUCGCAGAUGCGCGAGACCACUUUUCACCGCCGCCAGAAGGUGCAGCAGGAGCAAUGCAGUCCCUCGAUGGCGCACUACCGAGCUCGCAGCAGGAUGCAUAUGGUGCUCAGCUCGUCCCAACAGGCAGGAACUUCAGACCGCAAUACGUGCAGUAUGCGCGCGUGGCGAAGAAGGUCGAUGUCAAACGAUUAAAAGAUGAGCUUUGGAAAGGAAUUGGAUUCGAAGACACACCCAAACCACCGCAGCCAGACGACCAGCCGUCCAAGGAAGUCGACGGUACACUCACCUUCACAGAUGUAGUCAAUAGCCUGCAGACUGUGUACCCAAAGCAAGCCAUGGCAGACAUCUCGACGAGUUAUUGCUUCAUUUGUUUGCUGCAUCUUGCGAAUGAAAAGGGACUUGUGAUUGAUAAUCAAGAGAACUUUGAGAACCUGACAAUCCGAAGGGAUUUUACGGCCGAUCUGAGUGUUGGGGGGGAGUAG